GAAGUAAAGGAGCCAUAUUUUGCAAAUAAUAAUUCUUCAGCGCCACCUUGUGAAUUCCACAAUUGCAACAUUGGGCAUCACGUCACGUGAUCUACCUUUUCGACUAGAAGACCACGAUGGCGAUGGCACAAAAGAGACAAGGUGCAGCUGUUAAAGGCAAGAGCAAGAAAAAGAAGACUCAAUUAAAAUUCACUCUUGAUUGCACGCACCCCGUCGAAGAUGGAAUCAUGGAUGUCGGCAACUUUGAAAACUUUUUGAAAGAAAGAGUAAAAGUUAACGGCAAAACUAAUAAUCUUGGAAAUCAAGUAGUGAUUGAACUUAAUAAGACGAAGAUCAAUAUCACGAGCGACAUCCCUUUCUCAAAAAGAUAUUUGAAGUACCUCACUAAGAAAUACUUGAAGAAAAAUAACCUUCGUGAUUGGUUGAGAGUCAUUGCUGCUACGAAAGACUCUUAUGAACUGAGAUAUUUCCAGAUCAACCAAGACGAAGAAGAGGAGGAAGAAGAAGAUUAAAUAUUAUUUUCUUCUCCAAUUUGACUUUAUUAAUAAAGUCAUUUAUAGGUCA